UAACCUUACUUCUUGAGCUUUUCUCGUAUCACAACCAAAUGUGUGGCUUUUCUACUGUGUGAUUAAAGUCUUCUAUCCGUAUUUCUGAAACCACGACCAUAUCAGUGUAAACUUUGACCAUAAUAAGGUUAUGUGGUUAUCUUUGACCUUUAAACAUAAAUAGUCAAGGUCUCCAACUAGGCAUCCCAACAACUAAGUUUGCAUUAAUUUCAUUGACCCGCAGGUUUUUCAUUACAAUAAGUAAAUGUGAGAUGUCUGUCCAAAAUUUAGCAGAUAAUGAACACCCUAAACACUUGAUUCCGGAACUGUGUAGGCAAUUUUACCAUUUAGGGUGGGUAACUGGAACCGGUGGUGGCAUCAGUAUUAAACAUGGUGAGAAGAUAUAUAUUGCUCCUUCCGGAGUACAAAAGGAAAGGCUGCAACCAAUUGAUAUGUUUGUGCAAGAUAUCAACGGAAAAGACCUAGAAUUACCACCUCCAGAAAAAAAAUUGAAGAAAAGCCAGUGUACGCCGUUAUUUAUGUGUGCAUAUACUCAAAGGAACGCAGGUGCAGUUAUACACACUCACUCAAAAAAUGCACUCCUCGUCACAAUGCUGUUUCCGGGAAAGGAGUUUAAGUGUACUCAUUUGGAGAUGAUUAAAGGUAUAAAAAACGCCAAGCUGGGAAGGAAUUACAGAUACGACGAAGAGUUGGUUGUACCAAUUAUCGAAAACACUCCUUUUGAGGAGGAUUUAAAGGAUCGAAUGGCCGAAGUCAUUGCAGAGUAUCCAGAAACAUGUGCAGUUCUUGUUAGACGACAUGGGAUAUAUGUUUGGGGUGAUACCUGGCAACAAGCUAAAACAAUGACCGAGUGUUAUGACUACCUGAUGGAUGUUGUAAUUCAUAUGAAGCAGCUUGGUUUAAAUGCUAACUUGAAGCCAGAAGAAUAUGAACUAUUAUAUCAGAAAACAAAUUCCUUAAAGCACUAGUGGUAUACCUAAAUAUUCAUUACAAUGUAAAAUUUGUCAUAAUUUGUGGCCAUAAUUGUUUAACAAAGUACCCUCAUGUCGACCGCGCGCGUGCGGGGUAACAUGCCAAACAAGCUUUUCUCUCUUUGAGGGCUUUUGUUUUACUUCUUUCAUGUGUUUCGGAAAAAAAUUUUGCCAUUGUCAA